GUCAAGUGAGGCAAGAGAAGGUUCUGUAUAAUACCAGACUAGGGCCUCGCAGAAUUCUACAGUGGCUGCUUUCUGUGCUUCAUGUACAGCAAACUAAGGGGACCUCUUCUAGCUGAGACACACCAACUCAUAUAGGCAUUCUGCUUUUUGUGAACUUGGAGCAGGUUAAUGAAGGCCAGGAUUCUAGGGUUAAAUCCUGUGUAGGCUCUGUCAGUCAUCAGGACACACCAGAUUUCAGAGGAUAACAGGAAACAGCAAUGGAGGGAAAGAGUCUUGUUUUUGUGUUGUUUUUGUGGAUGCUGUCACUGGGACUGAAUAGCACAGUGACACUUCAGCCUAACAGCCACUCCACCGACUUCAGGAGCAGUGAGGUUACUGCAACUUCAGACACAGUUUCACCUUUAGAAAUGGCACAAGAGCACCUCAACAAUGCACCAGAUGAAGGAAACUAUAGCACCGUAGCACCUUCAGUUGAGUUGAAGUUCACAGUGAAGAGUAAACGACAGACUCCAGAUCAGGUGUCCACCAGAUAUAUCAGCUCUUAUCUGCCUUCAAUCCACCCUUUGAGUACGAGAACAAGGAAGAACUCCCAGUCAUCUCAGGACCGCCAAACAACCAAAUAUAAAAACAACUCCACGGUGGAGAUCACAGCAGAUGGAGCCGAGGAAACUUUACCCACUAUGGGGAAUCAGCCUCCGGUAAGCAGAGUUACACCCUCCGGCCAGGGCAAAGUUAGUCCAACAGCAUCACCUAGACCUUCGGAGUUAUCCUCUCAAACAACCUCACCGACAACAAAUCAACCAACAGAGAUCCAAACAGGGCCUGGUCCAACCAAUCUUCCGAUGUCGCAGUCCAACGACUCCACAGAGAGGAUCCGACCCACGCCAACUGGUGUUGGAUUUGGAGUGACACCGACUAGAGCCGAAUUGACUUUGAACACAGGUAGGAAGGCUCAAGUUCCCAGCACCCCCUCCCAGGCCCCAGUCACAAGCAGGAAAUCAACCCCUUCACACCCCACUGAAAGAGGUCCAACAGGCCUAUCUGAGCUGCCUAGCACUGCCACUUCACCCGCCACCCUACCUCCCUCUAUAGCCAUGACCAAAUCUUUCACCCACAUCUCCACUCCAUGGACAUCGACCCAGCCCGCCAAGACCCUUGCCACCACUGCAGCCUCUGUUACUGCUAGUAUUGCCGUUACCAGCACUAAGGGCCAAUCCCCAAUAAUGGUCCCCACUACAAAACAUGUCGCUGCUGCCACCACCACCACGACAAAAAAUAAACCAAAGCCACCUCCGUCAAAACCGGCAAACAAAGACAAGAGCAAAACGACGGGGAACCAUGGCACAGUGGUGGCUGUACUGAUUGGUGUGACACUGGUUCUGAUGUUUGUCAGUUUUGGGGUCAUCUUCGUGAGGAAGCGCAUACAUCAGAGGAUGCAGCUGCAGAACACAGCCUGGGCCGGCCCCUCUCCGUUUCUGGACAGUGGAGUCCAGUCUCGACUGGAGAAUGACGAUAGCAGUGACGUCCACCUGAGGGGCUCCAAUCGAAUCUCCUUCUCUGGCUUCCUGUCUCAGCGACUCUCCAAGAGGCUGUCUCUGCUCCAGGAGACUGACGAGGAAUUCCGGAUGGGUGAGAUUCCGACAGGAAGUACAUUCGGAAGAGAGACCGUUUCAGAUGAUGUUCAACUGAGUAACGGGACUGCUGCAGUGCACAAAGAAAAUACCCAGAUUGAGGUGGUGCAACCUCUGGACAACUCGUCAUCUCCUCCUCCACCGACGUCUUCAGAGACCACUGCCACAGCACACACCAAUGACCAUCAGCCUCCUACCUCCUUGCAGGUUGUUGAUCUGGGGCCAGACAAUGAUCCAAAUUCCUCUCCCUCUCAUACACCACCAGAUAUCCCAGAAGCUAUUCCUCCACCACUGUUGGAUGUUUACCUGGGUCCCCCCUCAGACCAUGCCAGCCCCCCUCCACCAGAGAGCACAGACCUUCCAACCCCACUCCAUGACCUGCCUUAACCAGUCUCCAAGCAGAUAGUAACACACAGGAGACCCAUUCUCCUACCCCUCUACCCAACAAAGGAAACCACUCCCGCCCAAAAACAACUCAAACUGAUGCUCAUCAGUGUUCCGCUUACUUCAUCUAUACCUCUUUCUGAUGAAACAUUUCAUGAAUUGGAUUUUCAACUAGGCCUGUAGCCAGUUUGAUUGUCAAAACCGAGCCAAACCAUUUCCCUAUUUAACGGUAGAACUUUGACAGUGGCCACAAUAAUGUGAUUUUUAACACAUAAUACCAAAGAAAGACCACGGGGAUCAAGACAUCCAAAUGUACACUGAGAAAGCUUCCCCAAAUGUUUUGAUUCAAGUCAGAUCCAUAUUCAUUCAGCCUGACCAAUCUGUAGCAGAGAGAUUGAUUUGAUGCUACAACAAUUGCUUUUUCUCCCGUGUACUUUUUGGAGGAAAACACAGUGACGUAAGGGCCUAAACAUCAACAUCAUACCCAGUGGUGAGAUAAUUCAGAGAAGGAUGUACUGCUGAAGUAAUGUAAUUCUGUGUGAGCACAAGUAAGACAUUUCCAGUCACAGCAAAAACAUUUUUUUUUUUAAAUAAACAUCGACCCAGGCUGAGACAUUCAUUGGGCAAAAUGGUGAGAGAGGAAGUUCUAAAAGGAAAUGAAACGAAGGGGUGAAUUAUAUAAUUAAACUGAGAAACGAUAGAUAGAAAGGGAUAAAAUGCAUGUGAAAAUUAGAGAAAGAGUGAGCAGGGAGUUAAGUCUCUCAGUGGGGCUGGCCCGACACCGUUAGUGAGUGGGUUACUGCAGUGUUGCAGUCACUCCUAGCGUAUUUCAGAGCUGUACAUCAGUACACUAACCGUAGAGAGAGCGGACAGGCCACAGAGACAGAAAGAGGGAAAUGUCAGACCCACAAAUAGCGCCUCAAUGUCUCAUCUGAAGAGAAACCACAGAAACAAUAAGAUGGGAGACGGAAAGCAACAACCACACACAAUUAUUUCCAUCUACACAUAUUCUUAACUGUUGACAAAUGAGAGUUGUGAAAUGCUCAUUGUUCAUCAAUCAUGUAUUUAUGCAGUAAAUCCGCUGACAUGCAAUAAACCCUCCGAGGUUAAA